CGGGACGGGCAUGAAGCUGGAGGUGUUCGCGCCGCGCGCGCCGUCCGGGGACCAGCCGGGGGCCGGGCUGGAGGGGGUCCCCGGCGGCGGCGGCGGCGGCGGCGGCGGCGCUGCGGGGGACGCGCCCUCGCCGCUGUCGGCCGCCGGCGACGACUCGCUGGGCUCGGACGGCGACUGCGCCGCCAACAGCCCCGCGCCGGGCGCCGCGGAGCCGGCGGGAGGCGGCGAUCGGGACGCGGGCGGCGAGCCGGGCGCCGACGAGGACGACGACGAGGACGAGGAGGAGGAGGAAGAGGAGGAGGAGGAGAGCGCGGCGGGCUCGGCGGCGGCGGCGGCGGCCGCGCUGGCGGCGGGGCCGGGCGCGGCGCUGGCGGCGGGCGCGGCGGGGCCCGGCGCGGGGGGCGCGGGGGGCGCGGGCGGCGGCGAGGGCGCGCGCAGCAAGCCGUACACGCGGCGGCCCAAGCCCCCCUACUCGUACAUCGCGCUCAUCGCCAUGGCCAUCCGCGACUCGGCGGGCGGCCGCCUGACGCUGGCCGAGAUCAACGAGUACCUCAUGGGCAAGUUCCCGUUCUUCCGCGGCAGCUACACGGGCUGGCGCAACUCGGUGCGCCACAACCUCUCGCUCAACGACUGCUUCGUCAAGGUGCUGCGCGACCCCUCGCGGCCCUGGGGCAAGGACAACUACUGGAUGCUCAACCCCAACAGCGAGUACACCUUCGCCGACGGCGUGUUCCGGCGCCGCCGCAAGCGGCUCAGCCAGCGCGCGCCCCCCGCCGGCCCCGCGCCCGGCCCCGACGACGCGGCCCCGCCGCCCGCGCCCCCCGCGCCCGCCGCCGCCGGGCCGGCCUCGCCCCGCGCGCGCUCGCCCGGCCGCCCCGAGGGCCGCGGCAGCCCGGCCGGCAAGUUCUCCAGCUCCUUCGCCAUCGACAGCAUCCUCAGCAAGCCGUUCCGCAGCCGCCGCGAGCACGCGUGGGCCGCGCCGCCGCUGCCCGCCUACCCCGCGCUGCUGCCCGGCGCGCCCGGCGCGCCCCUGCUGCCGCUGUGCGCCUACGGCGCGGCCGAGCCGGCGCUGCUGGGGGGCGCGCGGGGCCCCGACGCGCCGCCGCCGCCGCCCCUGCUCUUCGCGCCCGUCGCGGCCGCCGGCCCGGCCAAGCCUUUCCGCGGCCCGGCGGGCGGCGGCGCCGCGCCCCUGUACUGCCCCCUCCGGCUGCCCGCGGCCCUGCAGGCGGCGGUGGCCGGCGGCCCCGGCCCGCACCUGUCCUACCCGGUGGAGACGCUCCUGGCCUGAGCGCGCCGUCGGGGCAGCGGGCCUGGCCGGGCCGGGCAGGAGGUUGGUGCUUUGCACUUUCUGUCCCAAGUUCAAGAGACUUGAACCUCGCGUGGGAAAGUCGCCACUCAACGUGCCUUAGGGUGAAAACGUGUGUUUUUGUGGUUUUCUUUUUUCUUUUUUGGAAACUGUCCCAAAUUUUCUCCUUCGUCUUGGAUGACUUGACAGGGGACCAAAGCAAUUCUCUUUCCCGGUCCGUCCCUGGCCCACUGUGUCCCAACUUUCUCCCCGCGCAAACUUGUCCUUUCUCCUCCUGUCCAGGCCCCUCCGAGUCUCGUGCCGUUUUUAUUGUUUUGGUUUUGUUUUUUUUUUUUUAUCGGACCGUCCAUAAAUGCCAUUUCCCCCCUUCCUCCAACCAAAAAAUCAGGGAACCGUUCCAGAUGAUAAGUGAUAUGACUACUGUUUGGGGCUCACGCCCCCCCCCCCGACGUGUACGUAUGUGGCAUUCACCGGUAUGACUGCGUGUGAGAGAGGGGUCAGGAGAAUUCCCUGUCCUUUCUCUGCUAUUGACCAAUGCUUCACUGUGCCAAAAUAUAAAAUAUAUAUAUAUAUAUGCAGUUGGGUUUUGUAAUUAAAUUAUUUAUAUAUUUUUGGAACCUGGAUUGGAAAUGUUGCGGGCAACGGGAGACAGCUUUAUUCGUGGUUCGUGGAUCGCUCCCCUGCGGUCUCUGAGCAAGAUCUUUCAAGUUCAUAUGACGUGUGUGUUGUGUUAGGGGUGCCAGGACCGUCACCACGGAAAGCAAGUGUGAUUUUUUUUUAUUUUUUAAUAUUAUUUUAUUUGUGUCUGUGUACAUAUUCCUGUAUAAAUUUUAUGAACCCCAGGCAUAGUGCUUAUUUUUUAAUAAAACUCAUAAUUGACUUUA